AUGAAGCAUGUACCUAAACUAGGCUUCUGUGAAGAAGCGUUGAUACAAGGUGCAAAAGAUGCAGGAUAUCUGGAGGCAUCAGUCCAGCUGUUCCCCCGCGGCGUGUUCGACCUCAUCAACUAUCAUUUGGUCACUCAGCGGCUUGCUCUGAAAGAUAAAGUCAAAUUCCCAGAAGGGCUGCAGCUAGGACUAGGUGCGAAAGUUAAGACACUGACCAUGGCGCGCUUGCGAGGAAAUGCUGAAAUCAUAAAACAAUGGCAAGGGGCACUUGGAUACAUGUCCCUCCUGGAGAACAUGCCAGCUUCAUUGCAGGAGCUAGCUGCCCUGUCUGAUGAAAUUUGGUACCUUGCGGGAGACACCGCGGUCGAUUUUUCUUACUACACCAAACGAGCCUCAUUAUCCGCCGUCUACGCCAGUAGCGAAGUGUUCAUGACCACCGACAAAUCGCAAGACUUUGUGGCGACGGAAGAAUUCCUCGACCGCCGGCUUAGAGCUGCGCAAGGUAUAGGUGGCACUGUUGGUGGGCUGACGCAGUACGUGGGCUUUUGGGCUGGAAACAGCGUCAACCUAGCCCGGUCGUGGGGAAUGAGGGUAUAA